ACCUUUAACUAUACACAGUCGGAGGAUUGUCUCAACUUAAACGUAUAUACACCAAGGAAAACCAAUACAUCUUUAAUACCAGUAAUGGUGUAUAUUCAUGGUGGGGCAUUUGUUAGUGGUUCCGGUUUGGAUCGUAAUGGUGAACAACUUGCUAUGAAAGAUGUUGUGGUUGUUACUCUCAAUUACAGACUUGGUCCUCUGGGUUUCCUUUCAACUGAAGAUCAGGCUGCUCCGGGUAAUUUUGGUCUAUUAGAUCAACUACUUGCUCUAAAAUGGGUACAGGAUUGUAUUGGUGAUUUUGGUGGUGAUGCUGGUCGAGUAACUGUAUUUGGUUUCAGUGCUGGAGCUGCUAGUAUUUCAUUACUAUUAACUUCGCCAUUAUCCAAAGGUUUAUUCCAUGCAGCAAUAUGUGAUAGUGGUGUAGGUUUAACUAACUGGGCUUUAUCAAUGAAAACUGAUAUUUAUAGACCUCGAGAUAGAGCUAGAGCAUUUGGUAUUAAAUUAGGAUGUAUUAAGGCUACUACACAAGAAAUCGUAGAUUGCUUAAGAACCAAGGAUGCUAAGACGAUC